UAAUCAUUAAAGUAUCAAGAAAUACAAAGCUAAGCUCUAAAUAUCUGUGUUAAUCCAGUCACUUUGCACAUACUACACACUAAGUUGUACAUUUAACAAAGAUACACCUUUGAGUGCUAAGAAUGUGACAGAUGCAGAAAUUCCAUUGUGACCUCACUUCUCUAAUUCUGCUGCUCAGAGACUCACCUGCCUUUACUUAGUUGAAGCACCCUCAUGUUUACAGGUGGGAGCAAUGAAGCCAAUGAGUGAAGUGUCUUUAAUAUGAGAGGGAGCGGCACAGUACGAGUAUUACACUGGCUAGGGCAAGGAUCAGACAACAGGUUUUGUUUGUUUUUCUUCUUUCUUUCUUUCAGAUGGAGACUUUUUUGAAAGAGCUUAAUUUAGCCUGUAAGCAUUUGAUUGAGUUUAGAGACAUGUAUGAGUAUGAGAAUCGCAUAAAAACCUUCACAGAUUGGCCUUUUAUGGAGAAUUGCAAAUGUACCCCUGAGCAUAUGGCCAGGGCUGGCUUUAUCCACUGUCCAAGUGCAAAUGAACCUGAUGUGGCAAAGUGUUUCUUCUGCCUGAUAGAGCUGGAGGGCUGGGAGCCAAAUGAUGAUCCACAGGUAGAGCACUCCAAACGUCCUAGCAACUGUGGGUUUUUAUCCCUUACUAAGAACUUUGAUGAUCUGACAAUGGAGGAAUACUACAUGCUGGAGAUGGACCGGUUGAGGACUUUUCUUUGCAAAACCGGCAGAAGCACAAUGAAGUCCUUUGAAGAAGAAGUUGAUGCAACCAGAAAACGUCUCAUUGAUCACUUUGUCAGCAAACAUCAGUACAUUCCAGAGCCAAAGAUGCCAGUAUCCGAAUCUCCCUCAACAUGCUGAUUCUACUACCCAAAGUUCAGGAAGCCACCAGGACCCCCAAAUGCAGCCCACUGGGCAAAAAAAGAUGAGAUAUCCACAGACUUUCAGGAAGGUGUGCAUUUCUUUGUCUAAAUUUCACAUGGCUGUCCUAAACAUUGUUGAUCUUAUUGGAAUAGAUAUCAGAUUCAGUUGUCUGACUAAUAAAGUACUAAUUUCUGUAUACACUUACAAAGUACAUAGGAAUUCAUAUUGACUCUUAUCUUUUGAGGUAUAUUUGAUCAGUAUGGCAGAUGUGGACCAAUAAAUCUCCUAAUAAACUAGUGUUUAUAAAAUAAAAUGUACAUUGACUUGUUAAGCAGAAUA